AUGGGUACUGUCUCGGACACUUAUAAAGUAGGGGACUACCUUAUGGGUACUGUCUCGGACACUAAUAAAGUAGAGGACUACCAUAUGGAUACUGGCUCGGACACUAAUAAAGUAGAGGACUACCUUAUGGGGACUGUCUCGGACACUAAUAAAGUAGGGGACUACCUUAUGGAUACUGUCUCGGACACUAAUAAAGUAGAGAAAUACCUUAUGGGUACUGUCUCGGACACUAAUAAAGUAGAGGACUACCUUAUGGGUACUGUCUCGGACACUAAUAAAGUAGUGGAUACUGUCUCGGACACUAAUAAAGUAGAGGAAUACCUUAUGGGUACUGUCUCGGACACUAAUCUGUCUCGGACACUAAUAAAGUAG